CCCUCAUGUCCCAGCACAUUGCAGUCCAUUAUCUUUCCACCAAGCAAGCAUAGAGAAACAAACAUGGCUGAUACAGAGGGAGCCGAGGAGUCUUCUCCAGGAAUUGUGCAGGAAAUUUUCACAUCCCCAUUGAAUUUAAGUCUUCUUGGUCUUUGCAUAUUUCUUUUGUACAAAAUCUUCCGCGGUGACAAGACUGCGGAUUUGGGCGAGGUUGAGGAACCUUUGCCUAAACUCAAAAAAAGAGAUUUCACGUUAGCGGAGCUUCAACAGUACGAUGGGCUGCAAAAUCCAAGAAUUCUCAUGGCUGUAAAUUCAAAGGUUUUUGAUGUUACCAGAGGAAAGAAAUUCUACGGUCCAGAGGGUCCCUAUGGAGUAUUUGCUGGUAAAGAUGCAUCCCGGGGUCUUGCCACAUUCUGUCUGGAGAAGGAAGCCCUGAAAGAUCACCAUGAUGAGCUCUCGGACCUCAAUGCCAUGCAACAGGAAAGCCUCAACGAAUGGGAAACCCAGUUCACUCAAAAGUAUGACUAUGUUGGCAAACUCCUGAAGCCUGGAGAGGAACCCACCGAGUACACUGACGAUGAGGAGGUCAAGGACAAAAAGAAGGACUAAAACUCAAGUGCACAAGGGAAAUUGAGAUGCCUUAAUUUGGGGAUAAAGUGAUGUGCAUUGCCUUGUGUUGCAGCCACUGGGCCAAAUGCUUUCUAUUGUAUGGUUUCUGUAUUAUCUCAAUGUCAUGGACCAUCACCUAUUCUGCUAAUUACAUUUGCCACUGACCUUAACUUUCUAAAACUUAGUGAGUGUUAGGGUAAGUACACAAUACUUACUGUAAAACUGAAGUGUAUUGAUACAGUUAUACCCGUUUUACUAUUAAUGUAGAAGCUGUUGAGGCAUUUAUUUCUGUAGCUGGCUAGAACGCCUCUGGACAAUUUUUUUUGAGGUCUUGAGAUGACCGCAAUUACAGAAGCUGAUAUCAUUCCAUCAAAAAUAUUAUUUUUUGUUUUGGGUCUGGUGUAUGAGCAUCCAUUCAAAUGUCUAUUUUAGACCUGGAUUAUCCAUCACAAAACAUUGCUGAAAUUCACAGUCACUCUGACCUGCAGUGUUUCUUUGUGUAAUAUAUUCUCUCUAGCAUUAAUUUUCAGCAUAACUUUAUAAUAACACAGUUGGUUAAAUAUUUUCACUCUACUAGUGUGUGGAUUUCACUGGAUGAAGUAUAUUUUUAUUCAUAUUGUAGCACCAUUGUUUAAUAAUGUUAAGUGAACAAAGGAUACUUGUACCCAUUAUGAAUGACAUGGCAAAUACUCCCAGGAAUGGGCCAGAACCAGGCUAGGGGAACACUAACAUUUCCUUAUAAGUGAAUGUCAUAAUUCAGGGGUCUCUGACCACUGAAUGUUAUUUUUGGACCCACACAUUUGUAGAAAGCUGUAGUCUGUAUAAUCACCUGGAAUUUAGCUUAGUGUUUAUUUAGCAAAAAAUAUUCUCUCUGACUAGCCUUUUUGUCCAAAAUAAGCUGAAUCUAGUUGCCUGCCAUUUUCAUAGCUUGUGUAAUAAUGAGACUGAUAUUUUGAUAAUUAAAUCUACCCAAAUGGAUGAUCAAUAUAUGUAUACUUUUGGUUCUGAAUGUUGGGUCAAGGCAUGAUAAAUUCAGUACUCUACUGAUAAAGAUUUGUAUGCAACCUGUGAUAGAUUUUAAUUGGUUUUGUAUGAGCUAGUACCUGGCCAUAGCAUGAGUCUCUAUGUCCAGAAAAAUACAGUUCUUGGUCACUUUAGACAGUUUUGCUGUCAAAAUGUUGGUUAUUUACAAAAUCUGGAGAUUCAGUUUACACACUUUUUGUGUAGUAAUGUGUGGCCU